AGUAAUCAUUUGCUGUUCACUAUCAUAAAGAAAUGGGAUGCACCUCGUCCAAGUCAAGCAACAUGAUCGUAUUGGACCCUCGCCAACUGAAGAGGAGUCCCUCUGGUCAUCAUCUCCAAUUUGAACUACCAACUUCACCUUCGGCCAUUCAUGGAGGGCCGAUUAUCGAGGAGCUCUCAAGUGAAGAAGCGUCGCAUGAUUUCAAUAAGCGACAAAAAAGGCUACCAUUGACAGAGCCGCCCACAACUGACACUUCACAUGUCGAGGAUGAUGAGAGUCGGCUGAUGCGGGUUAAAUCGUGGCGAAGUGAGGAUUUCGCAGACUGUGUUUCAGCGACUUCUGAAUCACAGUUCAAAAAUGGAGAAGUGGUAACGCCGAAAGUGCUGCCUGCUAUCCCCACUUUGGACCCCGCCACUCAGAAACUGUUGAACGCCGCGAUGGAAUCACAAAAGAAGAUUCUCUAUUAUCUUUCCCCAGAGGGCAUGGGAGAGUUCAAGCCUAAUGGCAAGGUCGGUCCAGUGGUGUUGAUGGUCGUACCACAGACGAGCGAUGCCCCGCAAGUGGUGAUGGGCUAUCGAUCAUUCGGGUGCGGUGAAGUCGAAUUACAAGACCUGCUGGAUCUGCUGAUGGAUCCGUCCGCGAGGAAGAAGUUCGACAAUCAAACUGCCGAAGGCAGACUAUUGAGGAAGGCUAUCAUUGAUGAGCCUGAUAGACGACUUGAUCUUCACUAUGGUGCAUUCAAAGGAAUGAUGAAUGUGGGAGGUCGAGACUGCGUGUACGCUAUUUUGCGACAGAAGAUUCGAGAUGACUUGUGGAUCGUCUCUUCGAAGUCAGUGGAACUACCAGAAUACCCGGAGAAUGGCGUUCUCCCCGGAUAUGUCCGAUGCGACGUUAAGUUUGCUGGAUAUGCGAUGUCGACCGAUGCCGACACUAAGGAGCUCACAGUGACGAUGUACAACCAAGUAGAUGUUAAGGGUAACAUUCCCACUUGGAUCGUCAAUAAAGCUCAGAAUAAACAGCCCGGGUGUUUGAAUGAUAUGUACAAGCUUCUCAAGAACUAG